AAUGUCCACUGAGCCCACAAGUGCUGGCUUUUCCCUUAGCCACAGUGUCAGAAGGCAUCUGGCCAGCCUCUCAGUGGUUGACAACAGGAGCCUCACCCCCCAGCCUGCUGUGGGGGAGAAGGCUUUGUGUGUCCCCGAAAUCCCAAGCACCAGUAUUGAAAAUCAGGGCCUGAUUAAGAUGUACAUCGAUGAAGUGUGUCGGGAGACGGUGUUACGUUGCUGCGAGUCAUUUCUGCAGCAGGCCGGAUUAAACCUGCUAAUAAGCAUGACAGCUAUUAAUAACAUGCUUGCCAAGUCCGUUUCAGACCUGAAGUUUCCUUUGAUACCCGAGGGAAGUGGAUGGGCAAAGGCUCAGGGUUUGGAACCGCUGAUGAGUUUGUCUGAAAAGCCAGUGGUGGCUGGGGAAGCGCUGGCUGCCCAAAUGCCAUUCUCAUCCACGUGCCUCUUUAUCAGAAGUGGGAGCAAAGAGAUGCUUGUGGAAGCCAUCUCCCCUUAAGUGGCUGUCUCAAACACAAUGACGAGACUGAACCCAUCCAGAGCCCGAGCAGUUUACUUGAGGGCAAAGAAGCUGCAGUGGGUGCCACCCAGGAUGCAGCCUUAGCCUGUCAGCUCCUCCCUGGGUGAAAGUUCCUCCCAGUCUCUCAAUGGAGGACCACAGGCUCCUUGGCUGGGCAGGGCUCCCACAGAGCUGUGGGCAACUUCUGGGUUUUGUGGUCUGCAGGCAAAGUGCACUGUAAAUUGCUGCUCCCUUGCAGCCUUCUUCAUGCAGUUAAAGGGUAAAACGAUGCCGGUGGCCGCUAGCUGGGGAUGACUAAC